AUGACCGUCGCAGCGCAGUACCUGCCCACGCCCGUCCCGACCCCGCCGCCCGCCGGUGCAGCCGUCGCAGAACUCAAGAAGGGCAAGGCCCUCAAGCCGCCGUACCUCCCGCAGCGACACAGCUACACCCCGACGCACCCUGAGCUGUUCAGGAUCGAGUUCGGACCCGAAGGAGAAGAGUUUGGCAGCUCGUUGAGGGCGGAAAAGGCGUACAAGAAGGGCGACAUCCUGUGCCCGAUCCGCAACACUCUCCCGGGCAUCAAAGCCUACUCGUCCGUCCAGGUCCUCCCCGACCCUCCCCUUCCCUCCUCCUCCUCGACCGACUGGCCCUCGACGUACUUUGCCUCGGCACCCUCCUCGACUCGCCGACACAUCGAACUCAACUCGGACUUGCUCUACGUCAACCAUUCGUGUGACCCGAACGUCGUGUUUGACGUCGCGGGCGUCGAGGCGGGUCUUGAGGAGGAGAGCAAGGACGGUCUGUGGGAGGGCAAGUGGAGGGUCCGCGCCGAGAAGGACAUCGCCAAGGGCGAGAUUCUCACCUUUGCGUACUUCUCGACCGAGUGGGACAUGGACCAGCCGUUCCACUGCUUGUGCGGCACGGACCGAUGCAUCAAGACCAUCCAGGGCGCCAAAGAUCUCGACACCAAGGUCCUCGACAGUUACUUCAUCAACCGACACAUCCGCGCCAUGAAGGAGCACCAGCAGCGAUCAUGA